AUGUACGAGGGGGAGCAUCACGCUUACAGCCUUAUGCCCGACGAGGAGCCUUCAGACUCAAGCGAAGAAGACAGCGAUGAUGAUGAUGAUGAUGAUGAUGGCAACGAUGAUGAGGGACAGAGCGCUACUGCACAGGACGAGGAUUAA